UUACCGUGUGUGCAUCUGACAUUUGCUCUCCACUCGCUCGUGUGAGAGGAGAGGAGUUCGCAUUUGCACUGUGCAGAAAUUAUACUUUGCACGGAGCUGUUACAUUUUACGUCUCAACUAAUUUUAUCACUAAAAAGUAGAUAAACAAACAUUUUGUUUUGCAUAUUUAUGUAAAGGCAUUUUGUUUUGUUUAUUUUUGACUCAUUAAAAUGCGUCAUUAGAAGGAGCAAUAAUUGUAACAAACAAGGGCAUUAGAAUGAUCGUUAGCAACAGAAGUGCAAUAAAAUAGCAUUCUUACCUGUGGGCAAGUAUUCUUGAGUUAAUGGUGUUAAUAAGUGCUACAAGCAUGGACGUGAAAGAGGCCGGAUCGAUUAACAAUGAGCCCGCAGAUGCGAUUGAGAACGAAAUUGAAGAAGACAUUAUUGAUGACUCAGAGGAGCGCGAGCUGGUGACAGACUCCUGCUCGACAAAGGUGCGGGACACGUCGGAGCAGCCUCGCGACAACUAUUGGGUUGUUUAUUUACUUUUUUAUUUAUUUGGCAUUACAUCUCUGGUGUCAUGGAAUUUCCUGAUUACAGCAAAUGAUUACUGGAUGUAUAAAUUUCGAGAUGUGUCUCCCGUUAACUCCACCCAGUUGGAAUUACCACCUGUGCGGAAAACCCAAUUUCAAGCCGAGUUUACUUCCUACCUCAAUGUGGCAGCUUCUAUACCUAAUUUAAUAUUCCUCAUAUUAAAUUCACUUUAUGGGCAUUUAGUAUCUGUGAAGAGCAGACUUCAAGGGUCUCUGUUGAUGAUCACACUGUCUUUCCUUGUUACAACCGCAUUUGUUCAGAUUGACACUGACGAAUGGCAGAACACAUUCUUCAUUAUCACAAUGGUGACUGUAGUUGUAAUGAGUGCCGCCAGCGCCAUAUUUAUCGGCGGGCUCGUGGGCAUCGCGAGCCGCUUCUCAAAAGAGUACAUGGCCGCCGUGAUCAGCGGCCAGUCCCUCGGCGGCAUCAUCGCCGCCAUCGCCCAGAUCAUAUCGCUCGCCUUCAAAAUAUCCCCCCUGCAUAGCGCCCUCAUAUACUUCAUCAUAGCUGACAUAAUGCUGGGCGCAUCUUUAGUCUCCUACAUAAUGUUGUACAAGAUUGACUUUUUUACACACCACAUUUUGAGGGGCUCCGGUGUGGUCGCUAACAGGCACAGAGAAGUGUCCAUGAUUGUUGUCAUGAAGAAGAUCUGGGUGUAUGCGUUUAGCAUUUUUGCGAUUUUCGCGAUCAGCAUGGCCGUCUAUCCUGCUGUGACUGUCUUAGUUGAGUCACACCCUACUACUCAAGGGACGGAUUGGAAUAAGAUAUACUUCGUCCCGGUAGUGAACUAUCUAAUCUUUAACUGUGGAGAUUAUUCCGGGCGUUUGGUAGCUGGAUUUCUGCUUCGUCCGCUGAACCAAUGGGUAAUAGCAGCCGCAAGUCUACUGCGUAUCAUCGGAGUGCCGAUGCUGAUGCUAUGCAACGCGCAACCGAGGCCCCACCACCUCCCGGUCAUCUUCGAGUGGGACUACGAGUACAUCAUGAUCAUGAUCGUCUUCGCCUUCAGCAACGGCUAUCUGACCAACAUUGUGAUGAUCAAUUCUACCAGAGUGGUAGAGCUGCAUGAGCGAGAGAAGGCGACGUCCGUGAUAGCCACGUUGCUGAGCAUCGGGCUGACGGUGGGCGCUGCCGUCGGAAUGCUGCUAGUUCACUUAUUAUAAAUGAUUGAUGAUGAGGAGAUAUCAUAUCGCUUUGCCCUUAUAAAUAUUAUAUUCUCGCGCUAAUCUCAAAGUUGUGGAUGACUGAGGUGCCACGAGACCUUCGCGUGGACAUUCAAUAAUACUUUAAGGAAAAAUAUUUGUUUUAAAACAAAUGAAGUUGGAUGAUUGUAAUAGUAUUGUAGAAUUGCUGCUAUUUACGAUUACGGAUUUAUUAGUCGCUAAAAGAACCGCUCUACCGCCGAAUAAUAAUUAGGUCUAAAUAAAAUCUGCUUUGGACAUAAGAAAUAUCAAUUGAUGACACAAGAUGUGUGUGGUGUGACAGUAGGCGAAACUAAAAUGUAACAAUACUUCAAAGAGAUUCAAGGAAGUACGCACUAAAUUUAGCUGUAGCAUAUGCU